ACUCAGCUGUUUUUAACUUCUUGGUGGAAAAUAUAUUUGGUACUGUAUGUUUGAAGGUUAAAUGGUCUAUUGUCAAACCAAUAAUGCUUAAUUUAUUUAUUUGAUAAUUCGUGUAAACUUUCCAAAUUAUUUCUUUUGAAAAAUGAUUGAGCGUAAUCUGAUCCAAAAGCUAAAAUAACCUUUUUUUGAUUCAACUGACGAAAAAAAGGUGAAAAAAAAAACAAAAAAAGUCUGGAUGACGUGUUUCAAAAGAAUAUUUCAUUCGUUAUUGCGGAUACUCUUUGUUUAUGUGGAUGUAUCAUAAUAUAUUUUUACUAUUUGUGUUAUUCAUAACAACUAUGGCUGAAGAUUUACAAGAAAAAUUUUCGCAAAAUAAUGCAAAAUUCUCUUUAAAUUUGUAUUCUCAAGUUAAAAAAGAUAACGCAGAUAAAAAUAUUAUUAUUUCACCGUUUUCCAUUCAGACAUGUGUUGCUCUUGCAUAUGCUGGGGCUGGCGGUAAAACCGCCGAGGAAAUUUCAUCUGGGUUGCAUUUAAUUGGGAAUGACAAAAAUGUAGUUGGUGAAUCUUUUAAAAAUGUUUUGGAUUUAUAUAAAGACAGUCCAUUAUUAAAAAUUGCUAAUAAAUUUUAUGUAAAAGUUGGCUAUCAAGUAAAAGAUGAAUUCAAUACCAUUGCAACCAAAUAUUUCUAUUCUGAAGCUGAAAAUAUUCAAUUCGAAGAAAAAGUUGAGGCAGCGGCGAAAAUGAAUAAUUGGGUUGAAGAAAGAACAAAUAAUAAAAUUAAAAAUUUAAUCAAACCGGAUGUACUAGAUUCGCUCACUAGAAUGAUCUUGAUAAACGCUAUUCAUUUUAAGGGAGAAUGGCAACAUAAAUUCAAAGAAAGUGCAACACAAAAAGAAAAUUUUUGGAUAAGCGAAACUGAAAGUGUUAAAGUUGAUAUGAUGAAUACGAAAAAAAAUUUUCGUUAUGGUGAAUUUGAUGAUUUAGAUGCAACAGCUUUAGAAAUGCCUUACAAAAAUUCAAAUUUAUCUAUGCUGAUUUUACUUCCAAGGAGAAAAACUGGGUUGUCUAAUUUGGAAGAAAAAUUACAAGGAAUAUCACUCACAAAUAUUACACAAAAUAUGUUUUUCAAUGAAGUUAUUGUUAAAUUUCCUAAAUUCAAAACCGAAUUUGAAAUUGAAUUGACGAAUACUUUUGAAAAGAUGGGUAUGGGUUCAAUGUUUAGUGAUGAUGCUGAUUUCAGCAAUCUUUUGGAUUCACCUGAGCCGUUAAAAGUAUCACAAAUAGUUCACAAAGCAUUUAUUGAAGUUAACGAAGAAGGUGCUGAAGCCGCUGCUGCUACUGCCGCUGUAAUUCGUAUGAAAAGAUCUGCACCAAUAUCAAAACAUUUUACAGUUGAUCAUCCAUUCUUAUAUGCAAUAAUUAGCAGAGAUAGCCAACAUAAAUUUAUUGUCUUCUAUGGAUGUAUUAAAUCAUUUAUCAAAAAUAUGACAGAUUCUGCAAAAACCUGUUCCGACUGUCGUGACGAACUCUAACUUUUGCAAUUUUCAGUUUUAGGCUAGAUUAAAAUUUAUAAGCUUGAGUGCAUAUUGAAAUUCUAACCUUUUUCCUAUAUUAUAUUGAUUUAAUUCAAGACUCGAAUAAGCUGUAAUGAAUUUUAUGCAGUACACAGACCUAUUCAACAAACUUAUAAAAUCUUUUCUUUAAAAGUUUAUUAUUUUCCACUUUAUUUUGAUUCAAAAAAAAGGAAUGUAAUUUUUUUGAAAAAUUCAUUAAUUUUUUUUCACUUGAACUAAAGUGAUUUAUGUAAGAAUUGUUAUACUAUUAUAAUAUAUUAUUUGGUGAUGUGACAAAUUCAAUAAAUGUAUUUCUAGAACGUGCUUUUAAAACUUUCUGUAUAUCGUCUAAUACAAGUAAUUUUUAAGUAGCUAAAAAAUGUUCGCAACAUUAAAGUUAGUUGAACAGGAUAUGUUUGUGUAUAUUUUGCUUUAACACUAUCAUAUUUAUACAUAUUAAUAUACAUUUCACUAUUUCUAUACUCUUUAUUUCA